AGAGAGAAAGUCGAGACAGAGGCACAGGGUUGGGACUGGUGAACAACCAGUGGAAGUAGGAAUUGCGGCAGUCACAGAAAGGUUUUCGUGGAGACAUUUCAUAGUUAGCAUUUGAGAAAUCAGAUGUUAACUUUCGGAUAGGUCAACUAGCUAGAAAUCUAGCGUUUAAGGUGCUAUCCGUAAACUUCAUUGGGUAUUCUACGGUGGAAUACAGCAAAAAUGUCGUCUCCAAGUCCGGGUAAAAGGCGAAUGGAUACCGAUGUGGUGAAACUGAUUGAGAGCAAGCAUGAAGUCACCAUCCUCAGUGGACUGAAUGAGUUCGUAGUGAAGUUUUUCGGACCACAAGGAACACCAUACGAAGGGGGGGUGUGGAAGGUGCGAGUCGACCUACCAGACAAAUACCCCUUCAAAUCACCAUCUAUAGGAUUCAUGAAUAAGAUUUUUCAUCCCAACAUCGACGAAGCGUCAGGAACGGUGUGUUUAGACGUCAUCAACCAGACUUGGACGGCUCUGUACGAUCUCACCAAUAUCUUUGAGUCGUUCCUGCCCCAGCUGUUGGCGUACCCCAACCCCAUCGACCCGCUGAACGGAGACGCAGCUGCCAUGUACCUCCACAGGCCAGAGGAGUACAAACAGAAAAUCAAAGAGUACAUCCAAAAAUAUGCAACAGAGGAGGCUCUGAAGGAGCAGGAGGAGGGAGCGGGCGACUCCUCGUCGGAAAGCUCCAUGUCGGAUUUCUCAGAGGACGAAGCCCAGGAUAUGGAGUUGUAGUGAUACGAGCCACCUCCCACCCACCCCCCUUUAAAUCCACAAGAGACUAUAUGAUUUCCUAACCAUGAGAAGCAGACUAUAAUAUUCAUAUUUAAACAACUUCAUUUUUUUUAAUCAUUAUUAUUAUUAUUAUUAUUAUUAUUACUACUACUAAACAAGGAUUUUUAUGGAUAUCUAGCCUUGGUGUAUAUGGCAAUCCACCACCCUGCCCCCCACAACCGCAAUCCCAAACACCGGGCUCACGACAGGUGUGUAAUCCUCCUGGAGUCCCCGUCACGUUGCCCCCCCUCCCCACUCCUCUUUCAAAGGUGUGUGUGGUUGGUAUAGUAGCCAUCCCCUCACAUUCCACCAGUAGCUAAGAUUAGCAACAUGCCCCCCGCCCCCCCCCCCCCCCCCCCCCCCUCUCUGCUCCUGACCUCUGACCUCAAACACCUCCGCUGAAUUGACCGGACAGAACGAAGACCUUUCUGGGAAGGGGGCGGAGCCUGCUGAAGGGCAGAAGAGGAGGAUCUGGAAGGUCGUUGUUUUUAAGGCGGUUAUCGUGCAGGUUUUCCUUCCUUUAAUCAUACUCAUGGGGGGGAGGGGGGGAACAGCUUUUAGCUGGAAUUGUCUCAUUUAUUGGAUACGACUUAUUUUUUGCAAACGGACGCCUUGUUACCUGUCUUGCGCUUUGUGAGAUACACCACGUGAUUGGCUGUUGAGCCGACCUGUCAAGUUUUGUUUUGUUUUUUUAAAGUCCAAAACGUCGCUUUGAGGAAAUCGAUCAUCUGUCACCUGUGUGUUUUAGUUAGCUCAUUAUGGUCAUUCUGAGUUCCUGUGGACAGGGUGGCUGGAAGCUCUUUCUGUUGAGCGUCUGUACAGCACCUCGUACAGUAUUCACCUCCUCAUAGAGCCUUAUGAGCCAAGCGUUGUAAAAGUGUUACGGAAGUGUUGAAGUGUUUCAUAACACACAACCUCUCUGCCCUAGACUGUCCUAACAAGUUUGGCAGUUCAACUACCUAGAAGCCUAGAAGAGGACAGGGAGUGUGUCUAUUCAGUCCCCACAGGUGUUAGCAUAGUACCUGGGCAACCAUACCUUCAGUCAACGUCAGUGGAUUCCUGGCAGACUAUUUUUAACCUGAGCUUCAGAAUACAGCUAUACCCAGAGGAGAACAGACGGAAUCACAAAGCCCCUCUUCAUUUAAAAAUGUAAAAGCCAUGGAGGUAUAAAUAAAAUGUAAAAAGCACAGUGUUCCUUUUUUUUUUUCUUUUUUUUUUUUUUUUUUAUUACUGCCCAACCUCUCUCUCUGACCUCCUCAUGGAUUCCACUAGACUCUGUUGAUUUCGUUUUGCCGAGCGACGUAUUCAGUGUCGUGGCAUGAUUUAGAUGUCAAGUUCUGUUGGAUUUUCUGGAGCUUGUGGAACUGAUUAAGGAGCUUGUGUGUCUGUAGCACUUGAGAGCUUAAGCUAUGCCAGUUCUGGCCUGGUGAAGGAUGGACUUCACUUCACUUACUUUUCACUUGGUCGUUGUUAGGGAGGGUGGGGAGGAUUCUGCAGGUUUUCUUUUCAUUGUUGAACUUACCAACUUUGCCUAUUGCUUGUGCUAAACUAUGAUAAGUGUUUGACUUGAUGUAGGGAUAGUUAGUUUGCUGGGUGGUGACUUCAACUUGAAGAACAUAUAUGGGUAUAUCACAUAUAGAGCUAGCUUGUUUGAGGUAAUUGUCUGAUAAGUAAAACAAUAAGUUUAUUUAAUUUUGGAGCUAAGUGUACCAUUCUGUGGUUUGUGUGAGAUGUGUCUGCCUGCUUGUACCCUUACUGGCAAACUUACUGUUGUACAGAUCGACGUGGGAGUGAUUUAAGACAAAGACCAGUGACUCAUGUAUUCUGUGGCAGGCUAAAGUCAGACUACCCUGUCACCCUGGUGAGGUGCAGAGGUACUCUGAUAAAGAAUAAUCCAGAACAAACUAAUCUAAGUCUGUUAGAUGUUUCUCCCCCCCCCCCCAGUAUCUCCCUCUUAUGGGUUUGGGUCUCUCCUCCUCGCAGACAGCGAGGGGUCUGCAAAACGUAAUGAUGUCACAAGAAUAUGCAGUCCUGGGCUGUGUUGUUCGGCUCAACUGUCUCUUGAGCUGCUGGAUCUUUUCUCUAUUAGAAAUAUUUGUGUUUUUUUUUUGUGGUUUUUGUGUUCGUUUUGAUUUUAAUCCCAAUCAUUAUCGAGCACCACUGUUAAACAAACAGUUGCUUUUUGUUUGUUUUUUGUGAAACUGCCACGCUGAAACGCAUUUGAAUUGAAUUGAAUUUUACUUAAUUUCUGGUUUAAGGUAUUCCGGUUUGAAUUUUGUCUUUGUUUUUACUUUUCAUUUAUGCAGGAACACCGGACACAAGUGUAGAAAUGUGAUCGAAAAAGCACAUUUGUUAUGACACAGCCAUGUAAAACAAGAAAAGGGGAGCAAUUGUGACAUUUUUAUCUUCUUUAAAAAGAAAGAGUGCUCUUGUGUUCCUCUUGUCUCCUCUUCCUUAACCCACGAAAUGGGCGACACAUCAACAAAACACUUGGCUUUUGCCAGUUUCUAUAGUGAACAUUUUGGUCAACUGUUAUUCAGUUUAUUUUUCCUACCCCUCUCCCCCCCCCCCAGACUAACUCAACUACGAGAGGAAUAUUUACAGCUUUUGUGUUUCCUGUUUGUUUUUUACUCUCCAGUCGAGGACAAAAAAAAAGAAAGACUUUGAAUCCCCUCAAAAUGUCCAAUAAACCGAUGAAUGAGUGUG